AUGGAGCCGGCGCGCGACGCGCCCCUCGAGAGCGGCGGGGCCGAGGCGCUGCUGGGCGAGCUGGAGGCGCUGGUCCAGGACGUGGUGAGGGCGAGCUCGUGGUGGGAGCGCCACGGCGUGGACUGCGCCAUCCUCGCGCUCAGCCUUUUCGCCUUGCCGGCCGGGUUCCUGUGCCUGCGCUCUGAGAAUGUCCUGGUCUUUGCCCUGGGUGUUACCAUCCUGGGUGUGUGCCACUACACGCUCACUGUCAAGGGCAGCCACCUGGCCAUUCACGGUGCCCUCACCGAGUCGAAACGCUGGAGCAAGAUCUGGGCGCUUUUCUUUGUGGAGGUAUGCACGGCCUUCACUGCAGAGUACGGCAGGUACGGACACGUCAAGAUGCACCAUGGCUACACCAACGUGCUGGGCCUGGGGGACUCCAGCACAUGGAGGCUGCCUUUCCUCAACCGCUAUGUCUACAUGUUCCUUGCUCCUUUCUUGAUCCCCAUCAUAACCCCACUGGUGGCUGUUGAGCGGCUGAGAAAGGUGGAGCUCAGGGCGGCUCUGCGGACGUUUGGCCUGAUUUUGCUGGGCCUUUAUUCUCACUACUGGCUGCUCCUGAACGUGUCUGGCUUCAAGAGCCCUGGGUCGGCCCUGGCCUGCAUGCUCCUCACCAGAUCCCUGCUGGCCCACCCUUACCUCCAUGUCAACAUCUUUCAGCACAUCGGGCUGCCCAUGUUCUCCCAGGACAAGAAGCCCCGAAGGAUUCACAUGAUGAGCCUGGGCGUGCUUAACCUGCCCCGGCUGCCCGUGCUGGACUGGGCGUUCGGCCACUCCAUCAUCAGCUGCCACGUGGAGCACCACCUCUUCCCCCAACUCUCUGACAACAUGUGCCUGAAGGUGAAGCCGGUGGUGUCCCAGUUCCUCCAUGAGAAGCAGCUGCCCUACAACGAGGACUCCUACCUGGCUCGCUUCUGGCUGUUUCUCAGUCGCUACGAGGAGCUCAUGGUGCAGGCCCCUCCCAUCACUGAGCUGGUGGGGCUGCAAUGAAGGGUGGGCCGGCACAAUCACCCUGCUCCCCCUCCUAGGCCCAACCCUGGCUCUCCCGCUUCUGCUGGCCAUCUCUGAGGACGGGAGGGCUUGGGCCCUUCCACAGUGGGUGUGGCUCAGUUGCUGAUGGUGGACCAUGGAGGUGCUGGGCGGGCAGUAUGGCAGAGCUCAUGCCAGGGGGCUGGGCUCACCUGUCCUACUUGCUUUUCUGGGUUUCAAGGGAUAUCUGGAGGAAAGGAAUAAAGGUGGCGAGGCAUUCUGGUCAGUCUGGACCUUGGACAACUUCAUCUCAGGACUAAACAGCUGGAUUCCUGCCCCCGCUCUGUCUGAGCCUUGAUAGGGCUAAGGGACAAGGGUGACAGGGGUGCAGAGAGGCCCUGUGCAGGGGGAAGGCUGGGAGGAGGCGCCGAGAGAGAAGGGUCAGCCCCUUGCCGAGGGCCUCCCUGGAGCCAGGAGAGCCCCACACUUGGUUGGCCAUUGCUUCCUCCUGUGCCCUUUGAGGCUCUGGCCUCUAAGGAGCCCUCUCUCCAGGGACCACGGUGAGAGGUUACUUUUGGCAGAACUCCCUAGUUUUUCAGCCGGAGAAGCCUGUGCCAGACACUGGCUCGGCAGCUCCCAAGAGUCACAGCAUCAGAGAGAUCAGAGUGUGUGUGUCUCGUGGGGAGAGCACUCCAGGGGAACUAAGGGGAGAAAGGGUGUAAAUAGCUUUGAGCAUGGCCUUCGCUAGCUCUAGAAAAUCUACUUUGUUCCAUGAUGUCUAGAAGGGGUAGACAUGGAAGCAGUAUCAAUUGAGAGAGAGAAAAAUUACUGGGAGGGUAGCUGAGAUGGGAGGGGUUUAUGGGAACGGGUCUGGAGGACAGAUGGUCUUAAAGAGGAGAGGAAGGACGGUGGGUGCAGAUACAAGAGCUGGAAGUCAGGGGCUGGGCUGGGCUGGGAAAGGAUGGUGUGUAGCCUGGGAGUAAGGUAGGAAUAUAAGGGAACUACUCAUGUCAGCCAGAGGAAGAGGUCAAGGUGCUGGGGGACACCACUGAGUCAGCCUAAAGUGGGCAGACUUGAGAGAGGGCUGGCAGUUGCCCUGCUUGGGGGCUGGAUGAGAGGGUGCAAGGAAGGACCCAGCUGGAGUCUGAGGGAGGGACAAAGGAGGCCAGAGCAGUUAGUUUCAAACAGGGUUUUACACCUUGGCACUAUGACAUUUAGGCUGGAUAAUUGUCGUCGGGGCCUGUCCUGUGCAUUGUAGCAUGUUUAGCAGCAUCCCAGCUUCUACCCACUAGGUGCCAGGAGCCCAAGUUGUGACAAUCAAAAAUGUCUGCAGAUAAUGCCAAGUGUCCCCUGGGAGGCAAAAUCAUCUCUGGUUGAGAACACGCAAGUCAUGUUCUGAGCGCAUAAUUGCCUUGUUUUUCAGUGAAGUCCUUGGGCAAGGUGAAGGGCAUGCUGACCCUGAUGAUGGGGAGCCUAAAUGCCAACAAAUGGGAUGGCCAGAGGGGUCAGAUGGCAGGUGACAGCAUUCUUUAAGCCCGGUCCCGUUGGAGAACCCAUCUCUGGUGUGGUCUUAGGUGGCUCUGCUGGGUAGCUGUCAUUUGCCCCUUGAGAUCCAUUCCCCACUCUUCUCCACCCCGCCUUCCUCUACUGAAGACCACAGCUCCUGUCAGGCGUCCUCUCCUACAGCUACUGCUCUCACUAGUUCCCAAACAGCUCCCUCCUUUUGGUCCUUCAGGGCUUGGGGUGGUAGUGGCUUCCAGCUGUUGCUAGCCCAGGGGUGCUUCACUAUUCCCUUAAUCCUGCUCAUAUCUCUAUACAAAGUUCCUUCAUUAAAUUCUCUGCAAUCAGCCCUUCUGAGUGUGCCAUCUGUUUCCUGCUGGGAGGCUGACUGAGAGAGCAGAGUUUUGGAUCCAGACAGCCCUCUUGGAACCAGGCAGGCUUGGCAGCCUCCCCAGCCUACUGCUUUGCUAUAUGUUAUUGCUGCUCUUUCGAAAUGCAUUAGCAGCUCAGAAAUGGCCUUAAGGUCUGGGAGUGUGAUUAAUCAAACUGCUGAUUCUCCAUAUGAAAAAUGCAAUGUCAGAAAAGGCCCCAUUGCACAGUCCUGGAUAAUGAUUAAAACCAUCCUAAUAGAUAA